UGAAAUGAAUAAAAAUGUAGACAUAGCUUUGGUGCCCUAUUUCGCCCACCUUCAUUCUCAUAGUUCCUUGCCCUUCAGGAAUUCUUCCAAUGCCUUUUUCACAUCAUAUCGUUUGUCGAAGCAAUUUUUUUUGUUAUUCUUUUGCAUUGUAUAAUCUCUAGAGUAUGUAAAAACUAAAAAUUCAUGGAAAUUCGAGGAACAAGAAAGGUGGCCGAAAUUACAAGCUGGCCGGAAUUUGGCACACUUACCCUAUAGGUUGUAUGACAACAGAAAAAUCUGCUCAUUAAUUUUAAAAGCAAAUAAUCUUUAGCUGAUAUUUUUUCUAGAUUGGGCAAUAUUGAUAAUCCAAGAGGGCAGUAUUAGCACGAGGCUGAUGUUUCUAUUCGUAAUUACAUUAUGUAAAUAUUUUCUAAUUAUCUAGCAAAUUAUGCAGUAUCAAAUGUUUGGCCCAUGUGAUUCCAGAUGAAGAGUUCGAAGACUCUCCUUCAACUGACAUUGGGACUGGGAAGAAAAACAGAGGCCUCCCAAAUGGAGGGUGCUUGCAGAUCAACAAAAAAACUGGUGUGAUUUGCCAUAAAAACAAUUGAUUAUGGGGAUCAAUUUAAUUGGGCGCGGGAAAAUCAACAAGUGGCUGGGCUUUUGGGACGGAAAUAGCUCAUAGGAGAGUUAACUGGCAAAAGAGGUGCUCGAUGGAGUUGACUCAAGGUGCUAGAGUAAAUUUGCAGAGAGAUGAAACAAAAAGAGGCAAAAAGUGGUUGUUAUCGCGAGGGAGUUAUUGCUAUAUUUUCAUAACAUGUUUUCCAUGUUGGUAACAGCAUUUGUUUCUGUGGCGUCACUAUCAGCCGACUGUGAUACUGGUUGGAACAAGUGGUCGGUUUCAUAGAGACUCACACUGUGAGUUAUUAUUGAGUUUUUUUUGGAGAGACGAUUUCGCGUGCCGCACAAACGAGCCUCCAAAUCCGUCCAAUCGGCUGACACCAACCACGUCCCCACCUCAUCAGUCCGGACUAUAAAAACCCCAACGACGAACUCAGCUGAAUUAUUCAGUUCUCAAGUGACUCCCAAAGCACAGCAGAAGAUUUAAAUCUUCUUGACUUUUUCUUUUCAUCCCAGUCUAGUUGCUAGACAAUUUUCUGAGAAAAGUGGUAGAUUUUUUAAACAAAAUACCCGCCGUACAUAAAUGAAUUACACUGAACAGUUCAAUAAGCAAAUCUUCUACAGUGAAAAGCGUCAAAAGUCCUGGAAUUCAUUUGACUAUUUCUAGGAUUUCACGCGGAUUUUAAUUAGAGCAUCUCUCUCUUAUUGUUUGGAGUAUAUUCAACAUUUCUGGUAUUUCAUUCAAGAAGAAGUGAAAUUCAUCUUGAGCAUCAACAAUGCCUGAAGUCAUCGAGAAAUACUUUACACAACUAUCCAACCAGAUUGGUCACUAUGCCACGCCGAAGAGCGUUGGAGUUUCAUCCAAAGGGACCCCAGGUGUCGUCAUCACUGACUUGAGCAGCCUGUCCUCCAGGGUCCGUCAAUUCGUUGAGGAGUCCAUUGCUCUGUGCUCUCCAGAUCGCGUCCACGUUUGCGAUGGUAGCGAUAUUGAGUACCGUGGUUUGCUGACCCUUCUGCAGCAACAGGGAACUAUCGUUCCGCUUCCGAAGUACGAUAACUGCUGGUUGGCUAGAACUAAUCCAGCUGAUGUUGCUCGCGUAGAGUCCCGUACGUUUAUCUGCACCCAGAAGCGCGAGGAGUCCAUUCCUACACCCAAGCCAGGCGUAGCAGGAAGCUUGGGCAACUGGAUUGCUCCAGCAGACUACGAUCAAGCGAUCAAGGAACGGUUCCCUGGUUGCAUGAAGGGACGUACGAUGUACGUUGUACCUUUCUCAAUGGGACCAGUAGGUUCUCCACUAGCCAAAGUGGGCGUCGAAAUUACAGAUUCCGCGUACGUAGUGGCUUCCAUGAGGAUCAUGACACGCAUGGGAAAGGCAGUUUUGGAGCUCCUCCAGGAAGAUGACAGCGACUUUGUCAAGUGCCUUCACUCUGUGGGUACCCCAUCAUCUGGGAAGAUCGAAAUGGCAUCCUGGCCAUGUGAUCCCGAACGUACCAUCAUCCUGCACAAACCUGCAGCCAAUGAGAUAGUGUCCUAUGGUUCUGGAUACGGUGGAAACUCUCUACUCGGCAAGAAGUGCUUCGCCCUUAGGAUUGGUAGCACGAUCGCCAAGAGGGAGGGUUGGCUAGCUGAACAUAUGCUCAUCCUGGGCAUUACCAAUCCCGAUGGUGAGAAACGCUACAUUGCUGCGGCUUUCCCAUCAGCUUGCGGAAAGACCAACCUAGCUAUGAUGACUCCUACUCUUCCUGGAUACAAAGUCGAAUGCGUGGGCGAUGAUAUUGCCUGGAUGAAGUUUGAUAAGCGUGGGCAACUGAGAGCUAUUAAUCCUGAAAAUGGAUUCUUCGGUGUGGCUCCAGGAACAUCAGAUGAAACCAAUCCAAAUGCCAUGAAAACCAUCUUCAAGGAUACAAUCUUCACCAAUGUGGCUUCCACGUCAGAUGGUGGAGUCUACUGGGAAGGCAUGGAAGCUCCUGCAGAUAGUGUGAAAAUCACUGACUGGCAGGGACGUCCAUGGGAGAUGGGCGUUACUCGUACUCCAGCUGCUCAUCCCAAUUCUCGGUUCUGUUCACCGGCUGCUCAGUGUCCUAUAAUUGAUGCAGCCUGGGAGGAUCCAGAAGGUGUCCCAAUCAGUGCCAUUUUGUUCGGUGGUCGACGCCCAGCUGGAGUACCUCUCGUCUAUGAGGCUACUUCCUGGUCUCAUGGUGUUUUCAUCGGAGCUGCUAUGAGGAGCGAAGCCACGGCUGCUGCUGAGCACCGUGGAAAGAUGAUCAUGCAUGAUCCCUUCGCCAUGAGGCCAUUCUUCGGCUACAACUUCGGCCACUACCUCAAGCACUGGCUCACUAUGGAGAAGCGUGCAGAAUGCGCUGGCGGAUCAGCUCCCAAGAUCUUCCACGUCAACUGGUUCCGCAAGGACAGCCAGGGUAAAUUCAUGUGGCCAGGCUUUGGAGAGAACUGUCGCGUUCUCGAAUGGAUCCUUCACCGCAUGAAUGACCAAGAAUGCUUCAGGGAAACAGCCAUCGGCCGAGUUCCAUCUGAAGCAUCCCUCAACGUAGACGGCCUAACCCAAAAGGUGAAUCUCAAAGAACUCUUCUCUCUGCCCAAGACAUUUUGGGAGCAAGAGGUUCAGGACAUUUCAAAGUACUUUGAUGACCAAGUAGGAGUAGAUCUACCGCCUGAAAUCGCCCAAGAACUCGAAGCUCUUAAACAACGCGUUUCCAACUUAUAAAUUUCAAAGCUGUCUAACGUCUAACGGAUAGCUCUGAAUUCAAAACAACGUCAGAAAAGUAUAACCUCAAUUGCUACAGUAUAGAAAACACAAGAACGAAAAAAAACUUAAAAAAAAGAAAAUGAAAAAAAACUUGUGAUAUGACUUUUUUGUAUAUUUUUAUAUAAUGGUACAUCAAUUUACAUAAGUUUAGGAAAAAUAAAUUUUUUAUACCAUCAA